AUGUCCUUAACGGCUGGAUAUGAAGAUGGAACGUUCCAUUAUACCCUCACCAAGAAAUCUAUAUCUGGAGUGUUUCGUACUCGUGCUGCUUCAAACGAGAAUAUUGAGGAAGAGGAGUAUGCGAGUGUCAUACAAGAACUAUUUCCACUUGACAAUGAGGAUGUACUUGAGCAGGAGAGGAAAUAUCCGAAUCUCCAGCUUUCAGUAAAGAUUUCUGCUAAAGCAGAAUACUACGACGCUGAAACCAAAGAAUUGAUAGAGGAAGAUAAUGAUCCCAAUCAGAAUCCGGUAGAAUUGUCAAUAAAGACAGACUCAAGGGUCCCUGUGACUGUUGCCAUAAUUGAACUUACACCAGUAAACUUAGAGGAAGAACCACAUCUCAAGGACGAAGGCAAUCUCUUCAAUUGGAUGGACUUACUAUUAACGCAGAACCAGAGUAUGGUAUCGCAGAUUAAAAGCUUGCAGAAGACAAUAGAGACUUUAAAAGAAGAAAACUUCCAAAUGCACAACGGCUACCAGAUCGCUAAGAAUGAGUACAAGUUUAUCAUAGAUGAUCUAGAGCAGAAGUUCUACCAAGUAUUGAAUGCUAAGAAAGAUAAAAUAUGGGAGUUGACCAAGAAAACCGUACCGACAAAUCGAGUCGAACAUUUAAACCAAGAAUUUCUCAAGGAUUCGUCGAAGCUAGUAGCAAUUGAUAAAGAUAUGAUUCCGGAUAAACUCGACGAUAAGUACUUGAAGCAGAGGAAGAGAAAGACAGAAACCAAAACUGAGGGUCUGCCAAAGAAAAGAGCCAGACGAGGAAGGAAAAAGGCAGAAUCUGAGGAACAAGAGGUCGAAGAGAACAAAAAAGAUAUUACAGUAAAAGAAGAAGAAGAAGAAGAUUUAGACGUAGUGGCACCAAGAAGAAGAUCAUUACGUAGAAGAAGUGAUGUAAUAGUGAAAAAGGAACCAGAUAGUCAAGCACCAUUAAUCAAUAGUUUCUCGGACCGAGAGAUAUUGAACAGCGUUCUCGAAAAAAGCGAGGAUGAUGAAGAAGAUGAAGAAGCAAGUGAACACGAAGAUGGCGAUGAGUAUGAUGAUGACAAUGAUUUGUACGAAUCAAACCAUAGUGACGAUGAUUAUGUGGAACAUGAUGAAGAUGAAGAAAAGAUUGAAAAUGAAAACACACAGCCGGAUUUUGGCAAAUCUGUAGAUACAGUUGAUUUAGAGGCUGGGAAAGAUAAAGAUUCUGAGAAGUUAGUUCUGGAUAGUACAGAUAUUGUUUCAGACAGUCUUGAAGGGCAGAUACAGAGAUCUAAGGUGGUUUUGGACUUUGAAUCUUCCGAGAGAAUCCAAUUGACCGGUGUAAAGGAAGAGCGAAAGGAAGAAAAUGAAGAGUCUAAUGAAGCUAACGCUAGUCAAGAAGCCUUGGAGACAGAUUACGGUUCUUCAGAUGAUCAGGAACAAAAUAAUCAUGAAGAAGACGAACUUGAAACUAGAAACAUUAGAAACAAUGGAGGUGACAUUAGUGAAGAAGAAGGCAAGAUUGGAGACAAUGCAAAUAAAGCAGAUACCAACGCCGAUGCAGAUAAGCAGGUGGAUGCGAAUCUGAAAGAUGCGGAGACGGAUUAUUCCUCCGAUGAAGAUUAA